AUGAAGCUCACCACAACCCUCGCCGUAGCACUGGCAGCCGACGCAGCCAGCGCCGCAGCCCUACAAGCCCGCCACUAUCUCUUCCCCGCCCUGACCGGCACAGCAGACUGCGACACAGUCUGUCGCCGCCGGGUCGAGCACCAAGGACCUCUGCAAUUUUACAUGGCCAGAGUCCCCACAGGCAAAACAGCAGCAACCUGGGACGGCAGCGGGAACGUGUGGUUCAAGAUUUACACAGAGAAAGCCAACGUCGCGAACGGCGCGUUGACGUGGGCCAGCAUGAACGCCGCCACGGCCUCUGUCACGAUUCCAAAGGCGACACCUUCAGGCGAGUAUCUGCUGCGCGUCGAGCACAUUGCGCUGCAUACUGCUAGUGCGAUCAAUGGCGCGCAGAUUUACUUGUCCUGCGCCCAGAUCAAGGUUACAGGCGGUGGGAGUGGGACUCCGGGCCCGCUUGUUGCGUUUCCUGGUGCGUACACGGCUGGUGAGAAGGGGUUGCAGGUCAAUAUCUAUGGCGGGCAGACUUCGUACACGGCUCCGGGGCCCGCGGUGUGGACUGGUUAG